AUGCCUGAGCAAAGCAACGAUUACCGGGUGGCCGUGUUUGGGGCAGGUGGUGUCGGCAAGAGCUCCCUGGUGCUGAGGUUUGUGAAAGGCACGUUCCGGGAGAGCUACAUCCCCACGGUGGAAGACACCUACCGGCAGGUCAUCAGCUGCGACAAGAGCAUCUGCACGCUGCAGAUCACAGACACCACCGGCAGCCACCAGUUCCCCGCCAUGCAGCGGCUGUCCAUCUCCAAGGGGCACGCCUUCAUCCUGGUGUAUUCCAUCACCAGCCGCCAGUCCCUGGAGGAGCUCAAACCCAUCUACGAACAAAUCUGCGAGAUCAAGGGGGACGUGGAGAGCAUCCCCAUCAUGCUGGUGGGGAACAAAUGUGACGAGAGCCCCAGCCGGGAGGUGCAGAGCGGCGAGGCGGAGGCGCUGGCGCGCACGUGGAAGUGCGCCUUCAUGGAGACCUCGGCCAAGCUCAACCACAACGUGAAGGAGCUUUUCCAGGAGCUGCUCAACCUGGAGAAGCGCAGGACCGUGAGCCUACAGAUCGACGGGAAAAAGAGCAAGCAGCAGAAAAGGAAAGAGAAGCUCAAAGGCAAGUGCGUGGUCAUGUGA